CUCUCUCUAGUCCCUUCAUUUCGUAGCCUGCCUCUCCUUGACCCCAACCCAAAUCAACAGAUAUUCCAGAGUGCAAAUUAGAUCCGUGAGGAGGCACAUACGCGACUUUGGUCUUCUUGCUUUCGCUCUACUCCAUUAUUUCAUCUAUCUCUUGAAAUCAGUCAAGAUGGGUAAGAUCAAUACCAUCCUGUUCGACUGCGACAACACGCUGGUGCUUUCAGAGGAGCUCGCGUUCGAGGGCUGCGCGGACCUCAUCAACGAGAUCUCGGCAGCCAAGGGCGUGCCGCUGGAGCAGCCGUUCACGGGCGAGACGCUGCUGACCGAGUUCGUGGGGCAGAACUUCCGGGGCAUGAUGAAGAGCCUGCAAGAGCGGUACCAGUUCAGCCUGUCGGCGGACGAGCUGGACGGGUACGUGCGGCGCGAGGAGGACGUGGUGAUCGACAAGAUCAAGGCCAAGGGCCGGGCGUGCGAGGGUGUCGACGCCGAGCUAGCCAAGCUGGCGGCGUCCGGAAAGUAUCACAUGGCCGUCGUUAGUAGCUCGGCGCUGCGCCGCGUGCAGGCUAGUAUCGACCGCGUCGGCCAGGCAAAGUACUUUGGCACCGACGUCUUCAGCGCCGCCACCAGCCUGCCCACGCCCACCAGCAAGCCCGACCCGGCCAUCUACCUGCACGCCAUGAAGACGCUCGACAAGCAGCCCGCCGAGUGCGUCGCCGUAGAGGACAGCAAGAGCGGCACUCUUAGCGGCACCCGCGCCGGCAUCAAGGUCAUCGGCUAUGUCGGCCCCUACAAGGUCGACGAGCAGGACGAGAUGGUCAAGGUCCUCACCGAGGCUGGCGCCGUCGUUGUCAUGCGCCACUGGAGCGAGUUCGACUCGUGCCUAGCCAAGAUCGAGAGCGGCAGCGUCUAGACUUCUUUCCUCUCGUAUCCCAUGUCUCUAUGCUUUUCUCGCGGUCUCAUGCUCGGGUAGACGGGCAGGGCGAUACUUAAAGGGGG